AUGGUGGCGACGACAGACUGUGUAGAAAAGUCCAAACCCAUCGCUGGAAACAAGGUAUCCAAACCACUCAUGGAAAAGAAACGAAGAGCUCGCAUAAACAAAUGCUUGGACCAGUUAAAAUCUCUCCUGGAGAGCUACUACAGCACUAGUAUUCGAAAGCGCAAACUGGAAAAGGCCGACAUCCUGGAGCUUACUGUGAAACAUCUAAGGAACCUCCAAAAGAUCCACAGCUGCACAGCCGCUGCUUCAGAGUUCUCUGACUAUCAAAGUGGGUUCAGAUGCUGCCUGGCAAACGUCAACCAGUAUCUGCUGAUGGCAGACAACUUAAACGGGAGCGACCGCUGGAUGUUAUCGCAGCUCUCCAGUAAACUCUGCCGCUCCCGUGGACGAGAGGAAGCCUUCAGCACCAUGGACAGCGCUCCGGACCGAGCGGACGCGCAGGAGGAAGUGCGCAGGAUUCUUCCACCCGCAGCUGGACCAGAGCAAAGAAAAACGGCUAAAUCUAAAACUUUGAAAGAGCAGAGCGCCAGCACGUCUUCCCUUUUACCGAAUGGAGACGCUGGAGCCAAACAGGCGGUUCCUGCCGCGGCUCCCAAACUAAAUACUCCCGAACAAAGUUCCAUGAACAAGAAGAUUCACGCCGCCAGUCACAGGAAUGAAGUUGCAAACACUCAGCACAAUGUGUGGCGGCCUUGGUGA